AUGUCCCCCUCCCCCAUCACCACCCCCCUAACCACCCUCCUCUCCAUCCGCCACCCCAUCCUCCUCGCCGGCAUGGCCCGCACCUCCCACGGCCGCCUCGCCGCCGCCGUCUCCAACGCCGGCGGCCUUGGCGUCAUCGGCGGCUUCAUGUACACCCCGGACCAACUCCGCGACAUCAUCGCCGAGCUCAAAGCCCACCUGUCCUCGCCCAACCUCCCCUUCGGCAUCGACCUCGCCCUCCCACAAAUCGGCGGUUCCGCCCGCAAAACCAACCACGACUACACCGGCGGCAAACUCGACGAACUCAUCGACAUCACCAUCGAGUCGGGCGCGAAACUGUUCGUCAGCGCUGUCGGCGUGCCGCCGAAGCGGGUGCUCGACCGGUUGCAUGAUGCCGGGAUUUUGGUCAUGAACAUGGUCGGGCACCCGAAACACGCCGUCAAGGCGCUCGAGCUAGGCGUCGACAUGGUAUGCGCGCAGGGCGGCGAAGGCGGGGGCCACACGGGUGCGAUCGCCAACAGCGUGCUGAUCCCCGCGGUCGUGGAUGUAGCGCGGCGGUUUAAGCCGCCGAUGCUCGGCGGGGAGCAGACGGCGCUGGUGUUGGCGGCGGGGGGGAUCUCAAAUGGGCGGGGGUUGGCGAGUUCGUUGAUGCAGGGGGCCGCUGGGGUGUGGGUUGGCACGCGGUUUGUGGCGAGUGAGGAGGCUGGGUGUAGUGAGGAGCAUAAGGAGGCGGUGGUGAGUUGUGGGUUUGAGGGGACGGAGCGGACGUUGGUGUUGAGUGGGAGGCCGUUGCGGAUGAAGACGAAUGAGUAUAUUCGGCAGUGGCAUGCGCAGCCGCAGCGGAUUCAGGAGUUGUGUGCGAAGGGGGUGGUGCCGAUUGAGUGGGAUUUGGAGGAAGGGAAUGAGAUUGAUCUGCCGCAUUUGAUGGGGCAGGUUGCGGGAGCGAUUGAUAAGAUUCAACCGGCGGGGGAGAUUGUGGAGGAGAUGGUGGCCGAGGCUGUGGAGAUGUUGAAGCUGGCGAGUGUGUAUCUGGGUGGUGGGAGUAAGCUGUAG